UUCCCCUUUUUUUUUUUCCAUAGAGAAACUCACACCUGUCUUGGCAUUCGAGUCCUGAUCGUCUUUUGCAAUCAAACCAACGAAGGGAGGAAGCUCUCGAUUGUUUGGUACACUAUCCAUUGAAGCUCAAGGUAAGAUUGAUUCAAAUAUUCGGGUUUUCUGCAGAGAGAUUCAUAUAUUCAGUACAGGAGGAAGAUGAAGAAAGUCGCGGCAGUAUUGUUGACGAUUUCGCUCGUUGCAGUUCUGCUCCCAUCGGGACUGACAUUCCAAUCUCAAGUCCCUGCGUUUCUGUGGUCGCCUCACCAAGAUGUAUCUUCAAACAAUAUACUGAAGGAGACAGUAAAUUAUCAAACUCUUCCUAUGAAGGAUUUAGCCAAGUCUGUUAUGUCUGAAGGGGGCUGGUCAAAUUUACUGUGUGGAAAGGAAACUCAACAGCCUGUGGAUAUUGCAAUUCUUUUCGUUGGGAGAGAGUUACAUUCCCUGGAUAUUUCUGGAAGCAGACAUGCAGACCUAGCGCUUCUGGACUUGAUCAAGGUCUCUCUCAGAAGGUCCAAUUUUUCCUUGGCAUUCCCUUAUGUUGCUGCAUCAGAGGAGGAAGAUUCAGUAGAAAAUUAUUUGAUUUCAGAGUUCACAGAAACUUGUGGACAUGAUUUUGGACUCAAGAAUGUUGCUUUCCUGGAUUCAUGUUCUGUAGAGGGUGAAAAUUUUGAAAAGCUUGCAGACUUUGACUCAGUCAAUGACUAUGUAGUUUCAAGGAUGGAAAAGAGACCAACAGGCCAGACAGAUCUACUUGUGUUCUGCCAUGCAGGAUUCCUUUCACCACAACACUCUGAAAGCCAGAUUUUCUCUAAGCUUAUCACUUCUGUGGAGCAGUCUGGGGCAAAAUACACAGUUCUUUACGUUUCAGAUCCGUAUAGGCCAAUUCAGUAUCCUUCUCAUCGGGAGCUAGAAAGGUUUCUUGCUGACAGUACCUUCGGAAAUGGAUCAGCCAAUUCCACAUUCUGUGAUGGAGUUUGCCAGAUCAAAUCAUCACUUCUGGAGGGAAUUUUAGUUGCGAUCGUUUUGCUCAUAAUUUUAAUAUCAGGCCUUUGUUGUAUGAUGGGCAUUGAUACUCCGACAAGGUUUGAGGCUCCCCAAGAUUCUUGAUCUGUUGUUUAUGCAAGAUAAAGAUUGAGUUGUGGCAUUGUGGUAUAAGUACUUGUGAUGCAGUUUCAGUAGCCAGUAUAAUCUUGUAAUAUUUGUUCACUCGGUUUUUAGGUUACUUUAGUAUGCGUGCAAGUGAACAUUGAUCGAGUAUGAAUCAUGUUAUAUUCAAUAAUAUCAUGAUAUUCAUUUCAACCUUUUCCCGGACGCAAUUCUUGUUAGAAUGCUUAAACAAUAUGAAUAUAAACCUGCUAUGUUGAUUUUGAGUUA